AUGGGCUCUCCCCGCCGCGCUCUCGGCGGCCUCCACGGACGGGUAGCGGACACCAUAGAGGGCGCGGAGGAGGCCGAGAGCGCGGCCUGGGCUUCCCGCCCCGACCGGCGCAGCUACCUGCUGGGCAUCCGGCCCCAGAACAGCUUAUCAAGCAGCAGAUUCUCUCCCUCCAGUUUAGGAAGGAGCACCUUCUGCGCAAUCAUUUCUCAGCUGACGGAGGAAACCCAGCCACUAUUUGAAACCACUAUCAAAUCCCGUUCUGUAUCCGAGGACUCUGAUGCUAAAUUCACAUGCAUAGUGACAGGGUACCCGCAGCCGGAGGUGACGUGGUAUAAGGAUGAUGAAGAGAUGGACCGCUAUUGUGGCUUACCCAAGUAUCAGAUAUUCCGUCAUGGAAAUCGCCACACCCUGCAGCUGUACAAGUGCCAAGAAGAAGAUGCAGGCAUUUACCAGGCCUCAGCUAGAAAUAACAAAGGCAUUGUGUCCUGCUCUGGUGUGCUGGAAGUGGGAACCAUGACGGAAUUCAAAAUUCAUCAGAAGUGGUUUGCCAAGAUUAAGAGAAAAGCUGAAGAAAAGCUGCGAGAAAUAGAACAGGGCAAGAAGCGAGGGAAAGAAAAUGUGGAGGUGGAGAGGCUGCAGGGAAUGAGCCCCGAUCGGCUCCAGAGAAAGCGGAGGCUGGUCAGGGAUAUGAACCACCAGUCAGGAGCCUCUCUGUGGGAGAAAGAGGAUGCAGCAAAAGUUCAUGUUGCCGAUUCUCAGUCCAGAUUACACAAGGAUAUUGCUGAACCAAAUGAGAAGCCAGUGAAGGCAAUGACGGGCUUUCCAAACAAACUGAGCACACCAUUGAAAACAGAGGUGACCGCCAACGGAGAUGCCUCUUUUGAAAGCGUGGAGGAGAAUGGGAACAGCUUUCUUACAUACAUCUAUGAGACAGUGGAGGACCUCACGACUAAGCCAGUGGUGAAAGACUCUGCAGCUAAAAAGAAAAAGAAAGUGGAGGCUUCUCCAGCAGCAAAGCAGGAAGUUUCCAAGCGAGAAGAAAGUGGGCGAAACAGGGCCAACCCCUCUCUAAAUCCAAGGUUUGCCCCUCCUGUCCCCGUACGCAAGAACACACAUUUGAGGGGGACAAAUGAUCAAGAAGUGGAAAGCAGUCUAAAAAUCAAAGAGCCUGGGAAAGCUGUGAGUCAGGAUGCUAAAAUCAAUGGUGACAUGCACUUCUCUUUGAAAGAGAUGUAUUUUGACAAGCAAGUGGAGCCAGCAGCAGGGAAGGAGGAGGCGGGAGCCAAGGAAGAGGCUGUGAGCAAGGCUGCCCUGCAGCCUGUGGCAAUCAUCAGACAGCCAGAGGAUGCUCCAUCGUCCUCAAAGGUGGCAGAGGCAGGACCUGUGCUGUCCGACACACAGAGAGGCCGGCACCAAGCACAGAUGGCGGAGGGAAACAAAGCUGUCAGUCCAGAGGUUGCAGCAGCCAUGGGACAGUCUGCUUGUGAUCUGAACCGUCCAGUGUCUGCUCCAACCGUAGAGGCUGGUCAGCAAGCCAGUAAAUUAGAGGAGCUCAGGAAAGAGAUACCUUUCUGCCAGGAGACCAGGGGAUCAGGGAAAAGGACAAAUCCUCGGCUGAGGCCACAGGAGCCACCAAAGCCACCAGCACCUUCCCCAGACAAUGUGCAGCCCAGAAAGGAGCAACCUGCCUCUAGGAAACAGACAGAAGAACAUUCCCAUGCUCUUGAGGGCAGAGAGAUCCAAUCAGCAUUGUUAAAUCAAGAGUACAAAAGCCAAGGUGAGGAAAAGCCAUUACUAAAGAAGCUGAGUCCUCCAGAGCACAAAGAAAACACUCCUCUUGAGCAAAUCACAUGUCAGACAGCAGUCAAGGAUGGGAAGAGCAAAGAAGCAGGAGUGGAGCUAUCUGGGAGCCAUCACAGUGCAAAGGCAGAAGGGAGAGGUGCAGCAGAGCCAUCUCCUGGGGCUGUGCACCCAGAGGCAGAAGGAACACCUUUAGGACAUCUGGAGACUAAACGUCCAGCUCCUGAUUCAGUUCAACCUGCCACAGAAGAGCCACUCCCCGCUCCUGCAGCGGGAACAUCGGUGGCUCAGGAGGCACUGCUUGCAGUUCCCAGUGCCCCAGGGAUGAAGGUCAUAGCAGGAGAGGUGCAGUCUGGAGCACAGCUGCUGCCUGCUGUGAGCAGAGAAACAGAAAUCAGAAAGGCAGAUGGAUCUGCCCCACAAGAGAAGUUUUCAGCCAGCAUGGUAGGGGAGGAUAGUGCCAAAUCAGUGCCUAUGAGACCUCAGAGGAAGGAAAGACAAGAGCUAACAGCCACAGGUCCACACCAGGAGCUGGCAGCACCUUCAGGCACUUUUGAUGGAGGUGCUGAGGUUCAGCCACAAGUACCACUGGUCCUGCCGAGCCCCGAGACACAGCAGGAGAUGUCUUUGGAGGAAAAGAUGCAGCACAAAAACCUUGUUUCCUCCUUGAAGAACUAUCUGCUGCUGCUUUUAAAAAUGUCAGAUAGCAGUAAGGAUGCCAUGAAAGAAGACACUGACCCCGGUGACAAAGAGCAGCCUGAUGCAGAGGAGCUCAUGCUCCCAGAAAUAGGCAUUGCAGGCCUGAGCCCUCGCACCUCAAGGAGAGUUUUGGAAAAGGUACAAAACAAUCAGCUCUUCCAAACAGCAGAGAAUUUGCCUCUGACUCCCAGGACAUCCAGGCGGAUCACGGGCAUGAUUAACGAGGAAUUCAUUACCAGCAAGGAGAUGCUGGCUUGCAGGCCUGUGCCACCAAAGAGACGUACUCGGGUUGCUGCCGAGGGAGAGGGGCUGCCCCAGCUCUCUGUGCCCUCCAUUGUGGUGGGCAGCAUCCCAGCCCCAGGAGUGGGGCAGCCUCCUAGUGAGAUUUCAGAUUUGCCUGCAGCAAGCCCUGAAAAAGAGAGUGCUGGUGGCCCUCUGGCAGUUUUACCUUGUGCCACACCAGAGGAGCUGGCUUCUGGAGCCCGGCGCAAAAUAUACCUGCCAAAAACCAAGCAGGUUGGGCAGGAAGAGGAGGCAACCCCAGAGAGCCCAGGCCACAUGAGAAGUCCAAAUGUUUCACCACGACAAUCCAGGAAGAACACGGCCCUGUUGCCAUCGCCUGCCCUGACUCUGUGCUCUCCUGCAGAGCAGUGCUCGCCAACCCUCAUGAAAAAGAUGGCCACGUUGGAGGUUCCUAAGCUGUAUGAGGAGCCCACAGGUGACAGCAGUAGUGACCAUGAGGUCCCUGAAGAUGCUAAGCCAGAAGCACAGCCAGCAGAGUUCAAGAAAGCAAACAACCCCUUAAAAGCUCCACAGGUGAUUCGUAAAAUCAGGGCAGAACAAUUUUCUGAUGCAUCAGGAAACCUGAAACUUUGGUGCCAGUUCUUCAAUAUUUUGAGUGAUUCUAAGCUGAUGUGGUACAAGGAUGAGAUCCCUGUAGCAGAAGCACAAAGGAGCGCUGGUGAUGAGAGCCAGGCAGCCUUGGCUGUUGUGCAGGCAUCCCAGAAGGACUGCGGGGUCUACCGAUGCGUGAUCAGCAAUGAGUAUGGCACUGACUCCACUGAUUUCCUCCUCAGCGGAGAAGUGCUGUCAGGAUUUAUCUUGCGGGAAGAGAUCGAAGUUGGUGAGGAGAUUGAGAUGACGCCCAUGGUGUUCGCGAAGGGUCUGGCUGAUGCAGGCUACUGGGGAGAUAAGCUCUUUGGGCGCGUGGUAAGCGAAGACUUGGAAGUGGGUGCCAGUUUCCUGCACAAAGCCUGCCGGGCAAGAGCUAUCUACGGCCUGGAGCCCGUCUUUGAGUCUGGCUGCACCUGUGUAAUCAAAGUGCACAAUUUCAUUGUCUUUGGGACCAAGAAUGAGAACAGUCUGAUAGAGAAGAACUACGAUAUCACCAUCCAGGAAUGUAAAAUCCAGAACUCCAGCCGCGAGUACUGCAAGAUCUUUGCUGCUGAGGCACGAGCUGUCCCUGGUUUUGGAGCAGUGCCCGAGAUAAUUCCUUUGUACCUGAUAUACCGACCUGCCAACAACAUCCCUUAUGCCACAAUGGAGGAGGACCUGGGUGCACCCUGCGAGAAGUACUGUGUCACUGAGAGAGAUGGCAGCUUGGUGGCACGAGGCACUUCAGAGAUUGUGCUCAAAUGCUGCACCUUCCAGCAUUGGGUCUAUCAGUGGACAAAUGGAAACAUCCUUGUGACUGACAUGGAAGGAGUGGGCUGGAAGAUCACCAAUGUGCGGAUUGCUACCAACCUGAAAGGGUACCAGGGGAUGAAGGAAAGCUGCUUCCCCUCUCUGCUGGAGCAAUUCACGACUGCUCACCAGUGUAACCAUUACUGCAGCAUCCUUGGCCUGAAGACGCUGGAGCCAGCCAAGCCUAAAGGCUCCAAGAGCCCCUCCUUGGGUAGGAAAUCUGCACAGUCCAGUCCCCAGCUCCAGAAGAAGGGGCUGGCAAGUCCCCAGGGUACACGGAAGGCUGCUGUGAGCCCAAAAAGUUCUCGGAGAGCAGCAGAAACAGGGGAGACCCCAGCAGCCUCCAAACCCCGGUCAGGAGAGAGCAGCAGGUCUGGUCGCCCACAGUAGCCAGCACCGCUGUAGCUUGGACCUCCUGCUCUGGAACCCCAUCCAAACAGCCUGGAGGCAGCAUGCGGCCAGGUUGGGAAGGGAAGACCCUGGCAGUGGCCACUGUCACCACUCUUCUCCCUUUGGCUCCUGCCCUGGCCCGCGGCACUUGCAUUGUGUGGUGUGUGGUAGUGGGAGUCGUGGGGAGAAUGUGAGCCUUGGGCAGCCUGGACCCCUUGCCAAUACCUCUUUACAAGAGCUGCUGCUGGUGGUGGAGAUCCUCCAUGCUCAGGCUCUCAUUCCUCUCCCAACUCUCUGUUUCCCUGACUUAAGGCAGGGGCUGUCACACCUGCUCCCCUGGGCUUUGCAAGCGCUAUGCCCCCUUCCUGGCUCCCCUGAGCAAACUGGGAGUCUGGGCUGCUCUUUUGGCUCCCAGCACCUCAUGUCCCUAUUUCUGUCCUCUGCAAAGCGACUGGGCCAAGCCCUGUCUGUGCUCUAUGUGGAGGAUGUGAAGUCCAGCAGCACACUGUGAUUUCCAAGGUUUUGCUGUGGAGGGGUUUAGUAUGACCUGUAGGGCUCGGGCUGGCAUUGUGUGGGGCUCUGGGGUCCAGGCCUGUGGCAGGGCACUGGCAUGAGCUCACAGGGAUGGGAUUUUGAACCCCUGUACCCUGGGGUCAGCCUUCCAUCCCCUUGCUGGGCGGAUGCUGGGAGCAGCAGUGCUGCUACAGGUGGUGCCCAGCACCACAGUAAUGUUGCUCUACCUCACAUGGGGCACCCAGGAGACGGGUGAAGAGGCACUUCCCAUCCAUGCCAGGUAUAUGUGGGUAUCCAACCUAUAUGACUCACCCUUCCUUGCCCACCUGCCAUAUGCAGACCCUGUACACCCUGCUCAGCUCCAUUAUACAACCUGGUCAUGCUCACUUGGCAUCACCCCUGCUUGGCACAUGCCUUAUUUCAGUGGCAGCUAGGAGCAUUCUUUCCAGGUCCCACUGCCCUGCGUCAGGAGGCAGUGAUGGACAGGCAGUGGUGCUCAUGCUGGAAAGUAAAGCACCCUGCAUCACAUCAAGCCUCCCUUGUGCCCAUCAGCUCGCUCAGGUGUGCAGCAGCCACCAGAGAGUGGCAAUGGGCAGCAAAGCUCGCAAAGAGCCCUAGAGCUGCAUGCUUCAUCAUGCUGAAGAGCAUCACCUUCCCUGGAGCUUUAGAGGAGGGUGCUGUGUGCCAGCAGUGCCACCCAGCAAAGUGGUGUCCAGAAGGGUGACUCUGUGCAGCUUGGUGAAGAAGCUUGUCCAGAAGGGACCGGGCUGGGAGUGUGGCAUGCUCUGGGAUCCUGGUGCUUUGCUGUGGGGUCAUUGUAAAAUAAUGAUAUACAUAGCAAGGCUGCAUUGGCGAAUGGGUGCUCUUGAGUGCAAUAAAGU